GUGGCAGCAAAUGAUUUAAUGAUGAAUUUGCCCCAUAGCUUAUUCUCUUUAAAUCUCUGAUCCCACGUGGACUGUAUUCGUCUUGUUUAAGGGGUUUUAUUGUGGGCGGAAGUAGUCUGUCUGGAGUCGGCAGAGCCUGGACUGUCUGCUCUUCUCUGCGCGGUCACCUCAGCUGUCCACCGGGGGAAGGACACUCACCACGGGCUGAAAACACGUCUGGAGCCGCUUGAGAUGCCAGGUCCAUGGGUGUGAGUCGCCUGGAUGUCUUCUACAGAAGGCUGCUCCUUACCAAGCUUUUCAUCGGAGGAUGGGGGAAACCCGAGGAUCUCAAGAGAAUCUUUGAGUUUCGUAAACUGAUAGGAGACAGGGAAAAAUGUAAGCGCCUGGUGCCUGAGAACUAUCCAGUUUAUAUCGACAAGAGCGAGGAGCACUCUGAUUGCCACAUACACAAUGGCCAUUUCAUUUCUCCUCUGGUCCACCUGGUCCCUGAAAUACUUCCACCUGAAGCCAUUAAAGCCAGAUUCCAGUUCAUUGUUCCCAAAAGGUGGCAGAAGAACAGGCCAGUCUGUGUCCAUCUGGCAGGGACCGGAGAUCAUUUCUUUUGGAGGCGGCGGACCCUCAUGGCCAGACCUAUGAUAAAAGAAGCAGGAAUGGCCUCACUGCUCCUGGAGAAUCCAUAUUAUGGCCUCCGCAAACCAAAAGACCAGCUGCGCUCCUGUCUGAAGAACGUUUCAGACUUGUUUGUGAUGGGAGGGGCUUUGAUCCUGGAGUCCACUGUGCUCCUCCGCUGGCUUGAAAAAGAAGGAUAUUGGCCACUGGGAAUGACUGGCAUCUCCAUGGGAGGUUAUAUGGCGUCAUUGGCAGUGACAAACUGGCCGAAGCCGAUCCCGCUGAUUCCCUGCCUGUCAUGGUCCACAGCUUCCAGUGUCUUCACCACUGGCGUCUUGAGUAGAGCCGUAAACUGGAGUGAGUUAGAAAAACAGUACACCUUUAACUCUGUCUAUGAGAAGGAGAUAAUCCAUCUUUUGGAAUACUGCGGGGUGGAUUCCUUUAAGAUGGCUCAGGAGCCUGCAAGCUGUGGGAGCUCAGAGAGUCGGGACCGGCUGCUUGGCUUGACUGGACACGGCCUUCUGUCUAUGGACCGCUUCUCUCCGCUCACCAGGAGACAGGACACUGGAAGUGACUCUAUUCAGCAUUUUGGAAAAACAUACUCACAACACAGUGUGAAGCAGACAAUGUCCCCGUUAACCAACAUUCAAAUGAGCCCUGAUCCCCAGAAAAGUGUACAGGGCAAUGAGGCACAGCUGACGGAGAGACAAGGAGGUUUGUUCCAAUCCUCUCAAGGGUCGCGGCUGCACAGUGAGGCCAUUAGUUUCAUGAAAGGGGUGAUGGAUGAAUGCACUCACAUGGCAAACUUUUCUGUCCCUGUAGACCCCAGUCUCAUCAUUGUGGUCCAAGCCACCAUGGAUGCCUAUGUGCCCCGCACUGGAGUGCUGAGCUUGCGGGACAUCUGGCCUGGCUGUGAGGUGCGCUACCUGAAAGGAGGCCACAUCAGUGCAUACCUGUUCAAACAAAACAUCUUCAGACAAGCCAUCUAUGAUGCAUUUGAGAGAUUCUGCCAAAAGUAUCCUGACACCUUCCAAUGAUAGACCUGAGCUCUCCUGCACCAGGCUGGCAGCUGUACAAACUUAUUGUGGUUUGGAUGUGUGACUUAUGACUAACUGUACCUCCUGCAAAUGUGGAAUGAUUGUGACUAACACUGCUGUAAAUCCCCCAGCCCUUUAGCACAAGCUGUUCAGUGUUUUGUUUUGUACCUAAUUGCAAAUACUUUCAUGUGCCAGUGACAUUUCACUGAAUGGCUGUCCUCACUAUGUUGACUUCUAUCAAAGAUUAUUCAACAACCAUGAAUAUUGAUUGACCUGUCAUCCCUUCCU